UCCCAGGCAAACAGUGUCGGGUUUAGCGCCUUAGUGAUACUGAUCUCAUCAUCAAGUCGCCCUACUUCAGUGGACGACUUAAACCACAUACCUGCUUCCUAUCCUCGUGUCCUAUCAGAGAUGGGUGCGAGAUAAACAGAAUUUGAACAAAAACCGUUAUUUUUAAACCGUGAAACCACUCAAUGCUGCCGUGAACGAAAACGCAGAUUAGUAGAACUGUAGAACACGAUUACACGAAUCGUUCAGUAGGUCACGAACACUGACGAGUGAACGAAGGAGCACCUAACCUCACCAGUGACCGCACGAAAGCCAUGGUUCGCACACGGGAUACCCGAAAGUAUCCUUCAGACGAGGAUGAAGAAGAGGAAGAACUUCCGAAAAUGGACGACAAGGGUCGUAAACGGGACUCCCGGAAGCCUCCUCCAGAGGAAGAGGAGCCUAAAACGAACACUAAAGGGCGUAAGCGCGAUCCCCGGAAGCCUCCUCCAGAGGACGAGGACGACGAGCCUAAAACGAACACUAAAGGGCGUAAACAGGACGCCCGGAAGGACCCCUCCAAGGACGAGGAAAAGGGUAGGAAGGCGAACGACAAGGGUCGCAAGCAGGACGCCCGGAAGCAUCCUGCCGAGGACGAAGACGACGACGACCGGAAAAAGGACGGAAGCAAAGAGCCCGUGGAAAAGUUCGGCGUUCCUUGGAUGGACGAGACUUACGACGGCGUCACGUAUCCUGAGCCCACCUGCGUCGAGGUCAUGCAGAAGGUCAACAACGCACUGGCCACCAGGGUCACGCAACCACAGGGAUCAGAGCUGAAACAGCAAGCCCUCUUUUCUCUCCUGGGACCUGAGUUCACGGAUCAGCAUUUUCCUUAUCACAAAUACAACGUCAAGAUCCUGGACACACCGAAGAUAAAGCCCCACAUGAAAGAGAAAUACGUUGAGGAAAUGAGGGAGUUUCUCAUGAGAGCUCUGGAUCAUGCACUCAAGGACUGCCAAUACCCAAAGGACCUCACCGCCUACGACGAGGACAACGAACUGGGUCGAUACCUGCAGAAGGUUCGCAAGAAUUUCAGGGAGGGGUUGAAGAAGCACACUGAACAGGUCCUGCGUCAGGAGGAAAAGAAAAAAGCAGAGAAGAAGAAACAAGACAAAGAGAAGAAGAAGGCAUCUCGCAGAGACAACGACAGUGAUGACGACGAUGACGACGACGACGACGAUGAUGACGACGAUGCCAGCGACGGCGAUCACAAGCCGAAUCCGAAGCGGCUGGACCAGUCGAAGAAGCCGUCGGACAUCUGCAGCGAAGCUCUCUUGGCCCUUAUGGCCCAAGACGACGCCAAGAAGGCGGAGUUCUUGAAGAAGAUUCACGUGAAACACCUGGGCUUCUCGGUGCCCCUCCGCCAGCACUUCUGGCUCGAGUACCUGAAGGCGAAGGAGGUCAAGAAGCAGCAAAUACAAGACGACCAAGACGCCCUCAAGACCAUCGAGAAGAACUUCCACAAGACCCUCUCGAAGGAGAUGAAGUCGCAGAAGGUGUCCAGAGCCAUUCGCAGCAACAGCUGGAAGGCCAUUGACCACUCCGUCAUUGAGGCAUAUGACAACACAUGCAGUCUUCGACUUCUGGACAACGAUGAGCACCUCAUCCAGACAGUGAGAGCGCUGAACAUCCACACGGUUUACGCCAAGGACAAGUUCGCAGAUUCUAAUGUUAAUUGGCUGAUGCCACUACAGAUGGCCUAUCCCUACAAAGGAGAAGGAGGAGAAGAUGCCCAUGUCAUGAAACUGGCCAUGUACCUGGACCUCGUCCUUCGCUACUGUCAACUGCCCAUCCCUAAAGUUUACGACAUGGCAGACGAUGUCGUGAAAACAGUUAAAGACAACGAUGAGGAAUACUACAAUCACAUCAUCGGCUGUUUGGGAACACAAGUCAACCGUAUUAAUGUCAUGGAUUUUCCAGCCGAAGUGCUUCUGGAAGACCAGAAGGCCUCGGCCUUGUUGUACAAAGAGCUCUCGUCCAAGAAGGGUAACAGCAAGAUAGAUCCGGAGGAUCUGGAGAUCUUCACGGAUCCUACUAUCUUCGUCCGGAUGUGGAUUAUCCAGGGAUAUGCUGGGGUCGUGAGCAUCCCAGCGGGACUGUGGGUUUGGGACGAGCUCUUCAUGAACAAGUGGUCCCCAAAAUACCUGCACGAUGUUGGCGUGGCCAUUCUCUCGCUCAUCAAACCGUGGAUGCUGCGAGCCAACAUGUACUCAGGAGCACGCAAGGUGUUCCUGGACGAACCCGCCAAGAUCUACCUGAGCGACCUGCGGAAGAGCGUCAUGCACCUACAGGCGGGAGGCGCCUACGACGACCUUCCGGACAACAAGAACUACCUUCCUCCGAAGGGCAAGAAUCAGAAGGAUAAAGAUAAAGGGAAGAACCGCAAAGGUGACAAGAAGGACGACGACAAAGAUAAACACGGAAAGAAGGACAAAGGGAAGGACGACAAGAAACAGGAGAAACCCAGACAUCCAGGCCCCAGAGGCAAUCUCAUAAUUCCCUUUGCAACCGAGCGGCGCUUCGAGGUCAGCCUAGACCUACAGUCAGACAGCGAUUCGGACGACGACAGCCUCGAGAUAUCGGCUCUUCCCGUCUACGAACCGGAACCCGACACAGAGAGCGAAAGCGAGCCUGAAAUUUUGCCCGAUCCUGAGCCUGAACCUGAACCUGAACCUGAGCCUGAGCCUGAGCCUCUACCAAGAAAGCCCCCUCCAGUGAUUGCUCCGAUUCCCCUACCACCCCCAAAAUCACCCACUCCCCCUCCACGGCAGCGGACACCCACUCCCCCUCCACCACAACGAUCACCCACUCCCCCUCCUCCCACACCCCCUCCCCCUAAAGAUUUAGCCUGGGUCCCAUACGACAAGAAACACACCCCUACGUUACCUAAAGCAACGAAAGUCUCCGAACCCUGCGACUUCUACAUCGACUCCGUCAGGUUCUUACCAGAUAACAUAAGUCACUGUAAGGUCACCGGAAGGAUAAUUAACAUGUACAUAUCUGAGGAUAAGAACGUGCCGGAUAUUCUGACAUAUCCAGAGCUGGAUAGCCAAACUCGCUGUCCAAAAUUCAAGUUCAAACUGUGCCUGAAUAAACCCAACAACAAAGAGCGGCAGUUCCUGAACCCAGAGAUGGUCAUUAUUCUGCGGAUCUACGGUUACGAAAACCACACCAAGAAGGUCGUCGUGGUGGGCUCCUGCCUCCUGCGAGUCUUCAAGGGGGAGCUCAAGCCACCGCUACUGUGCGUCGGCGGGUGGCAAAUCCGGAUCCGCCACGGGCUGCCCAAUCCGGUGGGAGGAUUGGAGGACCUCGACUACACCGACAUGGACGACAACAUCCCCAUCUACGGCACCACCGUCUGCGUCAGGUUCCUGCCGGCUUCGAAGGACUACGUGCCGGCUCCUAACUACGAGACAGGAUACUACCAGAACGAAGGAACCACUCCUACGGAAUCUGAGAAGAGGAUCUACAAGCACUACAUUUCUCGGGACGACUACAAGAGCGGCCUCGUUGGUGACCACCUGAGAAAGAUGUUGACUCUUGAGGAGAAGGCGGAGCUGCCCAACGGACCAGCGCUGGAGACCUACAUGGAGACUACUUUGGACCAAAAGGAGCAGCAGAAGAAGACGAAGGAACAAAUCCCAAACAUUGACUACACCCACUACAUCCGUUACUGUCCUAAGGUCGGGUUGAAGGCGAACGUCCUCGCCGUGUUUGGCCUUCCAGUAUACCAAGAACACAAGUUUUGCCAAGUGUACUGCGAGGUCCUCCCAGGCAAGGAUACGGCUGGCAAGCCGAAAGGAGACGGCUUCGGAGGUUACCAGAGGUGCAUUACGAAGAAGGUCAAUUUCUUAUCGGCACAGAGGUCACCAGAGUGGGACGACGAAGGCUCAACUAUCCGCCCACUCUACGACGACAAAGCAAUUCUCCUCCUGCAAAUCUACGGGUUCCAGCCUCGUUAUAUCCCCGGCGAUGGGUCCUUCCCAGGAGCACUGAGAGAUGCCAAAUCAGACAGAAUUACCUUCAAGUACGACUCGCCCAUGGCUUGGGGCAUCAUCCAGUUAUUCGACAAGGAUUGCGUCAUCAGCGGAGUCCACUGGGUGCCCUUAUACAAGGGGAAGCCUGAUCCCAAGGUCCUGGAAAUGCUGGGGAAGGCGGGUCCCGCCCACAAGGUCAUGCUUCUGGCCAAUAAGAAGGAGAUGGUGAAGUAUCACGAUGGGUCCUCCAUAGAGGUGAAAAUCUGGGAUGGCCACAUGGAUUCCUCAGACCUCAGGGACGGACGUCACGAGGAACAGAUCGACGAGACGAAGCAGGUGGAGAAAUACGUCAAGAUCCACAAGACGAUCUUCGCUCAGAGCAUCGACGAGUUCGUCCUGGAGCACAUGGAACCUAACCGGAAGAAGCAAGGACCCGUCGGUACCAAGUUCGAGAAGGAGAGGCAAUUCUUCCUAACGGAAGCCAACUACCACUUCACCACAGCAAUGAACGAGGCACUGAGAGAGGGAAGCUGGGAAGAAAGGCCUGCCAGCGUCAUGAUAAAAGAAAGUCCAGUAGAAGCGAGAGUAAAUUAGUUUUGAUGAUUUCAGAGUUUAUAAAUAU